GUAAACAAAAAAAACAUGUCUGGUAAAAAGCAAGAGCUUCCCGUCUCCGACAAACCCUUAGCCGCUGUCGAGAGUCCGAUGACAGAAACGAUCAAGAAGAAGAAGAAGAAGAGUAAACACUCAGAGGAAAGUCAGGAAGUCGAAGUGCCUCAAGAGGUCACCAACGGUGAGGAGUUGAGUAACAAAGAGAAGAAGAAGGAGAAGCGUAAGAGAGAGGAGAAUGAGAUGGAGAACAAGAAGAAGAAGGAAGCUGAUAAAGUUCCUGAAGAUUCAGGUGUGAGCAACGGAGGAGAGAGUGAACAGAAAGUUGUCGUUACCGGAAAAGAUGUGGAGGAAGCAAAGUACGCAGCUUUAACAUCUUUCGCUGAAUCAAAGUUGCCUGAGAAUGUUCUCGAUUGCUGCAAGACUUUCCAGAAGCCUUCUCCGAUUCAGUCUCACUCAUGGCCGUUUCUGUUAGAUGGUCGUGAUCUUAUCGGCAUUGCCAAAACUGGUUCAGGUAAGACAUUGGCGUUUGGGAUUCCUGCGAUUAUGCACAUGUUGAAGAAGAACAAGAAGGGUAAAGGAACAAGGAACCCGACAUGUCUUGUUCUUUCUCCGACAAGAGAGUUAGCUGUUCAGAUAUCUGAUGUUUUGAGUGAAGCUGGAGAACCGUGUGGUUUGAAAUCGAUUUGUGUGUAUGGUGGAAGCUCUAAGAGGCCUCAAAUCAACGCUAUUCGAUCUGGAGUUGAUAUUGUCAUUGGUACGCCAGGUCGUUUGAGAGAUCUGAUUGACUCUAAUGAGCUUCGUCUCUCUGAUGUUUCCUUUGUGGUGUUGGAUGAAGCAGAUCGAAUGCUUGAUAUGGGUUUCGAGGAACCAGUCCGGUUUAUACUGAGCAAGACGAAUAAAGUUCGUCAGAUGGUUAUGUUCAGUGCAACUUGGCCUAUGGAAGUUCACAAAUUGGCUCAGGAAUUCAUGGAUCCAAACCCUGUCAAGGUAGUCAUAGGUUCUGUAGACUUAGCUGCCAACCACGACGUUUUGCAAAUCAUCGAGGUAUGUAGCGUUUUCCCUCUGCAAAUCAUCUCACCCCCCUUUAACAACAUGUCUUUGUUUUGUCUACAAAUGCAGGUCUUGGACGAUCGUGCUCGUGACCAGCGCCUAGUUGCUUUACUAGAAAAAUACCACAAGUCUCAAAAAAACAGGGUUUUGGUGUUUGCCUUAUACAAGGUGGAAGCUGACCGUCUUGAGCGUUUUCUUCAGACAAGAGGCUGGAAAGCUGUAUCUAUACAUGGAAACAAAGCACAGAGCGAACGUACCAGGUCUUUGGCAUUGUUCAAAGAAGGAUCCUGUCCGUUGCUGGUGGCUACUGAUGUGGCAGCAAGAGGGCUCGAUAUCCCGGACGUGGAAGUUGUGAUAAACUACAGUUUCCCUUUGACAACAGAGGAUUAUGUUCACAGAAUCGGGAGAACGGGAAGAGCAGGUAAAAAGGGCGUUGCACACACCUUCUUCACACAACAGAACAAGGGUCUUGCCGGAGAGCUAGUGAAUGUUCUCAGGGAAGCUAAACAAGUCGUGCCCGCUGAUCUUUUGAAGUUUGGCACUCAUGUAAAGAAAAAGGAAUCAAAACUGUAUGGACCUCAUUUCAAAGAUAUUGCAGCUGAUGCUCCAAAAGCUAAGAAGAUCACAUUUGCUGAUUCUGACGAUUAGACUAGUUUUGUCUUAUUAUUUUAUGAUUACUAGGGCAAUCUUCGCGCGGGAAUUUGUUUCAUUAUAUAUUCUUUUACCAUUUUUUUAGUUUAAAUGAUUUUAUUUUAGUUAUGUAUGAAAUGUCAUUUUUGGAGUUUCUUAUAAAACUGUUAUCGUUCUUUUCCGCCGAACUCGUUUCAUUGGGAUUAACUAAAAUUUCUAAUAUGAUUGUUGUGGUUAUUAGUAAAGUGGUGCUCUAUUUUUAUUUUGUGGGUAUAUAUAUAUUUUAAUUUGUUUGUUUUAGUAUAAGUUA